GGUCCGAGCGCCAGGAGGUCCGGCGGCGAGCGUGACCUCACGGGGAGGGGCCAGCGCGGCGGCCCGGGCACGGAGCCGAGCGCCGACAGCGCAGCGCCGGAGCCCAGCGGCCGGGAGCGCACGCCGGGGCCCCGAUGGAGCGGUACAAAGCACAGGGGUGUUGCUGUCUGGUGGUACAGAGAAGGAUCCUGCAGGUUUCUGCUUCCCUGGAGCAGUUGUUGACAGAGCUGGAUGACUUCCUCAAGAUUCUCGACCAAGAGAACCUGAGCAGCACCGCUGUGGUCAAGAAGAGUGGCCUGGCUGAGCUUCUCCGGCUUUACAACAAAAGCAGCAGUUCCGAUGAGGAGUACAUUUAUAUGAACAAAGUGACCGUCAACAGGCCACAGAAUGCGGAGUCCCAAGACAAAGCACCUGAGGAGCAGAACCCACUGCCCAACGGGGAGCCUGGCCAGCACUCCCUGGCCCCUCAGAAGAGCCUUCCAGACCUCCCGCCACCCAAGAUCAUUCCAGAGCGGAAGCAACUCUCCGUCCCCAAGAUUGAGUCUCCAGAGGGUUACUAUGAAGAGGCUGAGCCAUACGACACAUCACUCAACGAGGACGGAGAGGCAGUGAGCAGCUCCUACGAGUCCUACGACGAAGAGGAAAACAGCAAGGGCAAGUCGGCCCCCUAUCAGUGGCCGUCGCCUGAGGCCGGCAUCGAGCUGAUGCGCGACGCCCGCAUCUGUGCCUUCCUGUGGCGCAAGAAGUGGCUGGGACAGUGGGCCAAGCAGCUAUGCGUCGUCAAGGACACCAGGCUCCUGUGCUACAAAUCCUCCAAGGACCACAGCCCGCAGCUGGAUGUGAACUUGGUGGGCAGCAGCGUCAUCCACAAGGAGAAGCAAGUGCGGAAGAAGGAGCACAAGCUAAAGAUCACGCCCAUGAACGCCGACGUGAUCGUGCUCGGCCUGCAGAGCAGGGACCAAGCAGAGCAGUGGCUCAGGGUCAUCCAGGAGGUGAGUGGCCUGCCUGCAGAAGGAGCGCCCGAGGGAAAUCAGUACACCCCAGACGCCCAGCGCCUGAGCGGCCCGAAACCAGAUGUAACGGAGAAGUACGGGUCGGCCCCGGAAUAUGGGAGCUCCGUAGAUGGCCACCCUGAGGUCCCAGAGGCCAAAGAUGUCAAGAAGAAAUGUUCUACUGGCCUCAAACUGAGCAACCUAAUGAAUCUGGGCCGGAAGAAGUCUACCUCGCUGGAGCCUCCGGACAGGUCCCUCGAGACAUCCAGCUACCUGAACGUGCUGGUCAACAGCCAGUGGAAGUCCCGCUGGUGCUCCGUCAGGGACAGUCACCUGCACUUCUACCUGGACCGGAACCGGAGCAAGGUGGCCCAGCAGCCCGUCAGCCUGCUGGGCUGUGAGGUGGUCCCAGACCCGAGCCCCGACCACCUCUACUGCUUCCGCAUCCUGCACCACGGCGAGGAGCUGGCCAAGCUCGAGGCCAAGUCUUCCGAGGAAAUGGGCCACUGGCUAGGCCUCCUGCUCUCUGAGUCAGGCUCCAAGACAGACCCGGAGGAAUUCACCUACGACUACGUGGAUGCCGACAGGGUGUCCUGUAUCGUGAGUGCGGCCAAAACCUCUCUGCUACUGAUGCAGAGGAAGUUCUCAGAGCCAAACACUUACAUCGAUGGCCUGCCCAGCCAGGACCGCCAGGAGAUGCUGUAUGACGACGUGGAAGUGUCGGAGCUGACGGCCAUGGUGGAAACACUCGAAGCCGCCCCUGUGACAGACGCUCUGAGCGAGCCCCCGCCGGACCGAGUAUACCUGGACCUCACGCCUGUCAAGUCCUUUCUGCACAGCCCCAGCAGUGCACAGACCCGGGCCCACUCCCCAGUGCCAUCCCACCUGGACCCCCCAGCCGAGGCUCUCCCUGCAGACCCGGGCCCUGCCCCAGAUGAGCCCCUCGUAGAGCCCCCAGAGAACCCCAAGUUGCAGCAGACGCGGCAGGACAGUCCGGAGUCUGAAGAGCCUUCCGGGAGACUCACGACAGUCAAAAUCCAGACCGAACAGCAGAAGAUCUCCUUCCCAUCGAGCUGCCCCGACACUACAGCCGUCCCCCCGGCGGGGGCCAGCCCGCCUGUGAAGGACAAGCUGAGGGUGACCACUGCAGAGAUCAAACUGGGCAAGAAUAGGACAGAAGCCGAGGUGAAGCGGUACACAGAGGAGAAGGAGAGGCUCGAGAAGAAGAAGGAAGAAAUCCGGGGGCACCUGGCUCAGCUCCGGAAAGAGAAACGGGAGCUGAGAGAGACCCUGUUAAAAUGCACAGACAAGGGAGUCCUGGCCAGCCUGGAGCAGAAGCUGAAGGAAAUCGACGAGGAGUGCAGGGUCGAGGAGAGCAGGCGUGUGGACCUCGAGCUCAACAUCGUGGAGGUGAAGGACAACCUGAAGAAGGCAGAGGCCGGGCCCGUGACGCUGGGCACCACUGUGGACACCACCCACCUGGAGAACGUGAGCCCCCGGCCCAAGGCUGCCACCCCCACCCCUGCCCCAGACUGCACCCCGGUCAACUCUGCCACCGCGCUCAAGAACAGGCCUCUUUCGGUCAUGGUCACGGGCAAAGGCACCGUCCUCCAGAAAGCGAAGGUAAGCGGCGGUCACACCCAGCCUCCUGCGGGGCCACCGUGGACGGCAGAACUGUCACUAAGGCGGGGUCCCUCGUCUGCCUAGGGUAGCACGUCCCCGCUUUGGGCGCCAGCUCUGAGCCCUCGGCUCUCACGCAGGGGCUGAGGCUUCCUUGUGCCUUUGGCUCCGUCUUCGGCCCUGAGCAACCAGAAAGGCGUGGGCACUUGGUCCAAACGCUCUUACCGGUCACAGCCUGAGGACCCUUGAUCCUGCAACUGUCCACCCGUUGGUUACCCAGUAGAUUCCAGGGUGAUAGCCUGAGUUCAGAGACAAGCUGUGACGGGCGAGUUUCCAAGUCAGAAAGUCAGUGAUUCUUAAAGGCCUUCUGCCACUAAAACUGAAGGGACAGGUGGUAGGAUUUGCCUAAAGCCCCCCAGCCAGCUGGUGGCCAAGGGCUUGGUAAGGUAUAAGCAAGGACAGAGUGCCCUUGCUGGGUUUCUCCCUGAGGGCUAAAGUGUUAGCAGUCUCUUCCGCCUACCAAAGACCAUGCCCCGAGCUGCCUUUGUUGGUGGCAAACUCAGUUCCUUAUUUCUGUCCUGAUUACCUACCAGAGAGAUUCGGGGGCACAUGCACCGAUGACUAACUCCUAAAUCCACAUGAGCAUGUGAGGCUCUGCUCCCUCACUCCCAGCAUGCUCCGCUGUGCCACAGUCUCUGAAUCUCUUAACGUGUGCCCCAAACUGUGAACAGACAAUUACCGUCUCCAAUGCCUCUAAGCUUCAAAAAAAAUACUUCUUACCCUCCGUAGCAACCUCCAUAUACACAGAACAAUGUUAGCUAACUCUCUUCUUUGGCGGGGGGGGCGGGUGGUGGUGCUGGUAUUUGCCACCCUAGGAAUGGGAGAAGAAAGGAACAAGUUAGGAAACAAGUUUCAUCUAAAGACUUUUCCUGCCAUCGUGGACCUUGGUGACAAUCCUGCUUCAUUAAAGUCUUUGUUCAGAAGAAAAAAGGACUAUGGUACUACAGGUGGAGAGCACUGGCUAAGAGGAGGCUCUGUCCGUCUUCAGAGCCAAAGGAAAUAAUAUAUAACAACAAAAAGAGAGCUUCUCUGGAGACCUAAGUCUACUGGGUGGAAACAAUCCAUUGUUGUAUUCAGGUGUAUUCUGUGUCUCUUCUUUGAAGUUUUCAUCAACUGCUGUAUCAAGCUUUGUAAGUAGCGAAAAGCUUCUGAUGGUGAGACUUUGGUGGGAAAGAAAUCAAGGUAGCAGGACCCUGACCCACUGGUCGUGUGGCUUUGGUGACCGAGAAGACCUGCACUCUGGACUGUCACCUCCAAGGCUCUUCAACAUUAGCAAGUCCUACUCAGUCUUCCAUGGUUUUAAAACAGCCUCGAUAUCACCUGUGUAAAGCCAUCCAUGACAUGCUUUUUGAAAAGACAGGAACAGGGGAGAAUACUUGGGACCAAGCGGAGGUGAGGUCCCCACUAAGUUCAGGACUUUUUUUUUUUUCCAGCCUCAAGCAGGCCUGAAUCAAUUGCUUUUAAAUAAAAUUUUAAGUGAUGCUGUAUUAUAUAGGGGGAAAAAUGUUUAAAAUCCUGUAAUUUAGAACAGCGAAAAGUGUCUUUUUGAGAUUUGAAAGUAUCUUUUUGAGAUCGGACUUUUUACAUUACCAUAGGAGAAAAGAUGACCCAGCGUUUACAGAUUCCGUCCUGUGGCCAGGCCAUUUUUAAGGGAAAAGUUAUUUAAGUUCUGCGUAAUGUCCAGGCCCCUUCCGUGAAGAAGGUGGCGAAUUUUGUUUCGGGGUGAUUCUCUCUCCUCUUAAAAUUGGCAGUGCUGUUCUUCUGUGUCUUCUCUUCUGAUGUGUCUGUUGUUAACACCGAUUGAAACAUUUCAUCUGUCGUUUCUGCCUCGUUUUGGGGGCGGGGUGGGGGGCGGUUAUCAAUCAGAGUUCUCUAACACUGGUUCCUGAGAACUAAAAUUCUUUUGAUUUCUACGGUCUUUCUAAUCCCAGGGCAUUUAUUUUCUUUGUGCUAUAUACGCUUGGUGCCCUUUACCAAGUGAUGAGUUCGAUUUUUUUUUUUUUAAUAAAAUGUUAAUUGUA